UUAUUCUAUAUUUCCCUAUAUAUAUCUCAGAUGUCCAACGUUUCAGUAUUGCAUUGCCUCUCGAACUACCUAAGAUAAAACGAGUUAUCACUUUGAUUUUUCGCACUUAUUGUUAAUCUAUUCUCAAAAUUUUGAACAAAAAUGCAGAGGCAAGUGGCACUCAUUAAGCAGUCCCUCUUUGAUCAGGGAUAUCUCGACGAACAAUUCAUGGAGCUAGAAGAGCUCCAAGAUGAUGCAAACCCUAAUUUUGUUGAAGAAGUUUCCGCAUUGUACUUCAAAGAUUCAGCUCGAUUAAUCAAUAACAUUGACCAAGCUUUGGAAAGAGGAUCAUUUGAUUUUAAUCGGCUGGAUAGUUACAUGCAUCAGUUUAAGGGAAGCAGCACGAGCAUUGGGGCAAGUAAAGUGAAAGCUGAAUGCACUACGUUCAGGGAAUACUGCAGAGCUGGAAAUGCUGAAGGAUGCUUGAGGACUUUCCAGCAACUGAAGAAAGAACACUCAACGUUGAGAAAGAAGCUUGAACAUUAUUUCCAGUUGGCAAGGCAGGCGGGGCCUAAGGAGACAGCACGUAGGCCCAAGUGAGGGAGAGAGACAGAUAAAUGAGGAGGAAUCGUCGUCGAAUUUUGCAGAAAUCUAUAUAAUAAAUAGUUCCUCUUUAUUUUUAAUAUAUUUCGAUGUACGUUAUAAAGAAGAUCUUGCCUUUUUAUAUUAUGUAUGUUAAUAAACGGUCCAAAUUUCUCUAUGU